CGUGCUCUCUCCAUGCGAUCUACCACUGCUUGCUCUCCCGUUUCCAAAUUCCACCUCACCUCUGGCCUAUGGCUGCAGUGCGGCAGCUCCCGCACCCCAAAACCCAUAAAUAAAAGGCGUGAGGCCACAGCAGGACGCCUUAAACACACCGGCCCCUGGCUGCUGCUGCUGCUGCUGCUCCUCCUCCGCCUAAUGGCCUCGCUCCCGCCGCCCACGCCGCUGGUCUCCGGCGGCGUCGACCCCCUCGCGGCCAACAUUCCGCCCUCAUUGCCGUCUCCGCCGCCGUCCUCGUCGCUCAACCUCUCCCCGUCGCUGCUUAUCAUCGCCGCGCUGCUGGUGUUCGUGUUAUUCGCCUCCGUGUCGAUCCACUUCCUCCUCCGCUAUCUCGCCCGGGCGUCGUCGUCGCAUCCGGCCCCGAGCCCGCUCCCGAGGGCGAGCCGCACAUCCGAGGCCGAGGCGGAGGCGGACGCGCAGUCCUCGAGGAGGAGCGCCGCGGCGGCGGGGAGGGAGCAGGUGGAGGUGGAGGUUGACGACGAGAAGGAGAGGCUCAUCGCGUCGCUGCCGCUGUUCACCAUGGCGUCGGCGCUGGCGGCGCUGCCCAAGAGCUCCCCUGACUGCGCCGUCUGCCUCUCGCCGUUCGCCCCCGACGUCGAGCUGCGGCUGCUCCCGGCGUGCCGCCAUGCGUUCCACGCCGCCUGCGUCGACGCCUGGCUCCGCACCACCCCGUCCUGCCCGCUCUGCCGCACCGCCGUCUCGUUCCCGCUCCCGACCCUCCCCACCGCCGCCGCGGGCCAGGAGCCGCUCGACUCGCGGAUGAGCAGCAACAACAACUCCAGGAGCUUCCGCGUCGAGAUCGGCAGCGUCAGCAACCGCCGCUCCUCCGCCGCGGGCGACGACCGCCGCACCUACUCGCUCGGCUCCUUCGACUACCGCGUCGACGAGGAGGUCGAGGCCGUCGUGUCCCGCAUCGCGCGCCCCGCGGCGGCGGCCAAGUCGACGACCCAGACCGCGCCGGCGACCCCCGGCGAAGCGCUGGCGGAGGCGGCGGGGUCCCGCGGCUGGCUGCGCGAGUACGUGGACCGCCUCGCCUCCUCGGCGUCGUCCCUGUCCGGGCGGUGGAGCGGGCGGUGGAGCCAGGGCCAACGCAGCCACCGGUACGAUGACUCCUGGCGCUGGGACCCGGAGGCGGCGAUGCACCGCGCGCCGGACGAGGAGGAGCCGGGGUUCGUGGCCUUGUACCGUUGGAUCGUCGGCGUAUAGUCAGUCAGCUGUAAUUACGGGACCUCACCUCACGAGGGCGUUUUUGCCAACUCCUUCCGUAUUCUUUUUUUCUUAAUUUAGGACCCCCAUUGUAAAAACACAAGACACGACCGGCUCCAGGUGGGCGAGCGAGAGCUAAGCGUCUCCCAAGCUUCUUCCAUGGGUUGAUUUGUUCGUUUCCUGGAGCUUCAAUGCCAUUUUGGAAUUUCGGCGGACCAGGAAGGCAGGGGAACCGUGCGGCGACGUGCUUCUUCUUCUUUUUAGGCCAAAACUGGCAGGCGCUCUGCUUUUCCAUUUCAGAAGAGGAGUAGAACAUGUACAGGAGCCGUGGCCCUCAUAGCAAGUCAAAGUACGAACAAUGCUAAGUGCUUAAAAAAAGAAAAUGUUAAGUAUUUAUAUAAAAAUUAUAAUG